AUGAUCUUUGUAAAACAUAUUUUCUUAUUAUAUAUCAUAAGUCUAUUUCUUAAUAAUUUGAAUGCACUCUGUAAUUUUUUAAAAUCCCCAAAAAGAAAACAUAUCGGUUUAUUAUAUAAAUUAAGUAAACGAAAUAACAAUAAAAAUGUCCUUUUUAAAAAGAAGCUCUUUGUUUUUCAUUUAUGCUUUAUAAAAGUAUAUCCUUUGAUUUUUAAAAACAAAGUAGCCUUUCAAAAUGUAGAGGAUAAUUAUGUGUAUACGUUAAAAAGAAUGGAAAGGAAUAAAUGGAGGAUGCAAGACGAAAGAAAAGUAAUACAAAAUGAACAGAAUGUUUAUAAUUACACAAAUAAGGGCUUUUCAGAUCUGGAUGGGAAUUCCUUGGAUGCAGCUAGCUAUUCCAAAAAUAUUGUGGAAAAUAUGAAUCACAUGGGAUAUAAAAAAGAUAGUGAUCAUAAUAAUGAUAGUAUUAAUAAAAAAGAUAGUGAUCAUAAUAAUGAUACUAUUAAUAAAAAAGAUAGUGAUCAUAAUAAUGAUAAUAUUAAUGUUUGUAAUAAUAAUGGUAAGGUUACUAGUAAGGGAAAGAAAAGGAUAAUUGAAACGGAUAUGUAUGGGUUACCUAAAGAAAAAUUAAAUAUAAAAAGACUAACAAACAAAAAUAUAAAAUCAAAAUAUGGUUAUUGUAAAAUAAAAACGUACAAUGAAACCAUAAAUAUAAAUUAUAGAAAGAAGAAGAUAUUAAGUAUCCUUGAAGGUACUCUUAAAAAUAAAAGGCUUUAUUCACCAGAUACGUAUACACGACCUAUGAUGAGUAAAGUAAAAGAAUCUAUAUUCAGUAUAUUAACACAUUUAAAUAUAUUAAAUGGAUAUAAUAUAAAUGUAUUAGAUGUAUUUACUGGUAGUGGUAACUUAGGAAUCGAAUGUAUAUCAAGAGAUGUAAAGAAUGUAACAUUUGUAGAUUUAUCAUUAAAUUCUUGUAGAACAGUUUUUGAAAAUUUAAGGCUGUGUAAUAUAUAUGAUACGAAUAAAAAAAUAAUUAGAGCGGAUGCUAUGGAAUUAUUACAAAAUCCUUAUAAAUUUAAUGUACAUGAAAAAUAUAAUUUAGGAUUCUUUACACCACCGUAUGAACAAAUUAUAUAUAGUGAUUUAAUACACAACAUAUCAAAUAGUAAAUUAUUUGAGGAAGAUGCUCUUAUAUUUAUUGAGUAUCCAAAAGAAAUUAAUCUCCUCCCAAAAAAAGUAGGAAAUCUAAUUGGCUUAAGAAAUAGAAAAUUUGGAAGAACUUAUUACACACUUUAUGUUAUUAACAGUACAGGUAAAUAUAUUCCUUAUCAAAAUGAAAAUGAGUUUUACCCGCUUCACUAUAAUAGGAAACAAAGGAGGCAAGAAAAAUAUAUAGAAUAA